AUGGUCACCACGGCGCCUCUCGCAGCGCCCAUCUGCUUUCCUAGGCGCGCGGUGCCGCCAGCCCCGUCGACGACAGCAGCCAACACCGGCGACGGUGCCAUCAACCUGCAGCCGCGUCCCUGGACAGCGGCGUGCCCAGCUGGCCUCCACCGACAGAUUUCGACGGCGAACGGCAAGCUCGAUGCUGCGGCAAUGCUUGAGGCGGAAGAGGACCUCGAUGAACUAUGGGGCCAGAGUGUCGGCCAGGCUGUCGACCCGCACGCCUCCUCGCAAGCCUCUGCCACGAUGCCUCCGACGACUCGCUCGGUCAGAGUCACCUCAAUGCUGACCUGGGACGAGGCCGACGUGAACGCGGUGCUCAGCGCAGCGUCGGGCUCUUCCAAAGAUGACGGCGAACCUCAGGUUCCCCAGAUCACAGCUCGAGACCGAAGCGAGGCGUGGCGCUCCGUCUCGACUGGGCCGUCCAGCUGCGUCCCGCACGCAGCCUCUUCUACCUCGACGAGUCUUCUGCCCGGACCUGGGCGGUUCACGGCAGGUAUCGGGCCAAUACGGGGGCGCAUGGUCGCCAUCGGCCUUUCCGAUGGGAUCACCGUGCUUUACCAAGCUCGACAGUCCUCGUCUCCCUGGCCAGAUAUCGAACCUGGAGGGACAUCCGCGGCGGCAGCUCAAGAGCAAGUCGACGUGAACUCACCUGGAAGCACCUCCCUCGUGCGUGACGGUGCGGUCUCGAGCAGCAGGACCCAUCUAAGCAUUGCCGACCCAAAUCCGGCAACGACGCGGCCCUCGUCGAUCCGGAGCUCGAGUCGCAUCAGCUUCUCCCGCGAGGCUAGCCCGGGGAACGCCUCGAUGCCGUUCGAGGCUUCGCGCAGCUCGCUGCCUGGACCCUCCACGGCCUCGAUCAGCACGACGAGCUCCACCUCGGCGGCCUUGCAGAUCGAAGACCCCACCGCCGCCGUCCUGGCCGUAGAGACCAACAUCACCGCGGUCGGCGAGUCUGUCAGGAGCCCCACCCGGGCUGCCGAGCACGAGCUAGAGACUCAGAAGGCUGCAGCAGAGCGCGGCGACCACAAGCACAGCAUGAUUGGACGGACCGUCGAGGCCCUCGGACUGGCCAGCUCGCACCACCGACACCACGCUUCGCAGGAAUCGAUCUCAGGAUACAAGGCCGCAUCGGCGAGUGGAGGAAGCGGCAACGGCGGCAGCACGAGCGGCCUCGAUGCGCGGCGAAGGUCGAUGCAGCCCCUCUCCGGCCAGCCCGCGCCCGAACAGGCUCCAGCGACAAGAAACAUCCCUCAUACCUCGGAUCCAUCUGCGGGCACUUCUCCGUUGGGCAGCCGUUACCCCUCCAGCCUUUCGCUCGACACCUUGGCAGAAUCGGGGCGAGCCAACAGCGGAGAGGCCUCGGAAGCACCGAGUGGCGACCCCGAGGAUCGCUCCCUGAGACCGCUGCUCCGCCUCUCCGAUGCCGAUCGAUCCGCCAUUGCCUCGCUGCAGCUCUAUCACGACGGCAGCCGCCUGUGUCUGCUGGUCGUUCACCGCGAAGGCAGGGUCUGCGCCUGGUCGUUGCAGGACGGAAACCAGGUCUGGUCCGUCGACCUGGCUCAGACAAAGUGGACGCCGGAAAGUAUAUCGCAGCAGAACAGGCCCGGUGACGUCGAGCUGCACGGGUCGCCAUCGCCUUCAGGGCCCUUCGACUCGCUGACACCCAUGUUUGCACAGCUGAGCUUGUCGAUGUCAAAGGUCGGCUCGGUCGGAACCUCGAAGUCGCUCCGAGGCACCUUGUCGGAAGGCCCCGCGGCCUCGUCCGAAGGCGAACCAAGGCUCAAGGAUGGCACGGCCAUGUGGCUCGCAUCGGAGACGCAGAUGCUCUCCUCGUGCGGCAGGAAUCUGGCGGCCCUGCGAGACCGGUGCAGCGGCGCGCUAAUCCUCGUCGAUCUUCAAGCCGGCGAAGUCGUGGCGUGCGAAGCGCUCGAUGGAAGCUCGAUCGAGUGGACGCCCCUAGUGCGCAGGCCGUCGCCGACCAGCUGCGUGAUCGAGUUUGUCGAAGCGGGUGAUGAUGGCAAGUGCAGGCUUCGCAGAAGGGUGCUUGCACUCGCUGCCACGGGAGAGGCGGCCCCAGCCGAGCUCGCAAAUGGUCCCGACUCGACCUCGCCGAACGUGCCCAUUGAUGGACAAGAGAUCGACGGGCAGCUCAAACCGUCCAGCCGCAUCCUGCUGACGGGCGACCGCCUGAUCAGCCUUGGGCGCGACAGCCUGGCAACGUACAAGAGGGACGCGGCUAGAAUCGCAGUCGAGCACCAGCUUACAAUCGAAGGCAUCGCCGGGGUCAUCGGCUACGAGCCAGAGUCGGAGGUUCUGACGUGCAGUACGAAGGCUGGCUUCGUCCGAUGCCAGCUCGGUCAGCAGCACGAAGCGGAUCGCGUGACAACGACCUCGGACCAAGCCUCGUUCGAGAUGGCAGUCCCGGUCCGAGAAGCCCCUCCAUGCUCGUCGAAUCGGCUGCUCGGGUGCCAUCACGACCCUGUCGGCAGCCUGCUGGUCUCGGAGCUCGACAUGCACACCGGAACCCUUACGGACGUGACUUCGCCGGCCACCACGCCCCCGACGACUUCGGCCUCACCAGCCGGGCCAGCCGGCCGUGCCGCGGCCCAGCUGACGGCAGUCUUGCCGCUGAGCCUCGAGCGCAUUGUGGUCGCUUUUCGGUCCGGCGGGAUCCGAUCCGUCUCCCUGACGGAGCUGGCCCACGCCGAGGCACUGCAGGAGAUGACGCGAACGCGCAACUCGAUUGGCAACGGAAAGACGAUCAUCACGCUGCGCCAGGUGACCAGGCCGCGCUCCGGCACCAAGAUGAUCGUUGGCGGUUCUGCGCAGGGCGACGUGGCCUUCUGGGACGCCACCACGCUGGAGCUGGCGGCGACCUGGACGAUGUCGACUGCGCCCAUCGAGUCGCUCGUGUCGUUCGGCGACGACGACAACACGCUGAGGCUGCACGGCUGCCUGGCCUGCGUGGCCGCCGACGGCAGCGUCUCGAUCGUCCUCCUCGACGGCCUCCGCUUCCUCUACACGAUCCCCGGCCGCGAAGGCCGGCUACGCGCGCUGGCGGUGCGGGCCGAUGAGCUGCUGCUGACGUACGACGACGGCAAGGCCCGCGUGUGGGACUUGCGCAGCCAGGAGCUCCGCCGCAGCAUCGGCAUCGACCAGGCGCAGUCUCUCCUGCUGGACCGCAAGGGAUGGUGGACGGUGCGGGACGUCGAGCCGUUCAGCGCCCGAAACAGCGGCACCGCCGGCGUCCUGUCGUCGCUGAGCUGUGCGAGGGGUCCGGACGCCGCGACGCUCGUGGCCGACUUCCGGAGGAGCAUCGAGGUGGCCUCGCGGACGCUGCUGGGCGUCCAGAAGCAAGGCUCCGUCUACGUUGCCACGCGCAAGACUCGGCCCGGCAUGCCGUUCGACGAGGCGCCGGCCAGCAGCACAGCUGACAAGCCGGAUGACGACGAGGCGGCACCGACGGUGCCCAUGCAGGGCCUCGCUGCGCGCAAGGCUCUGGGGAUCCUGCGUCCGCUCCUCGCGCUCGUGCUGCCGAUCGGGAUGCGCCAGGACUGGGACGCGGACGCUGCCUAUUUGCUCGGACUCGUGGACCGCCCGGAAGCGUACGACGAAGGGCAAGCUCGCCUUUCAGCCCAACAGUUCCACCUGGGCAUCGGCAGCCCGGACUCGUUGGCGCAGCCGUUGGUCGAAGAUGCGGCCCAGCUGUGGACAAUCUCGUCUCUGCUGUCGACGCAGCGCGCGCUGGUGUGCACCUCGAUCCUGAAGGUCUUGAGCCACGUACAGGAGCUCCAGACCGCGGCGCUCCGGAUGAUGGACGCCGUCUGCGAUGGUGUUGCAGAGACGGUCGGGACCACGCUGCUCAAGGACUUCUCGCUGCCGGCCUUGACCGUCUACCUUCUCGACUCGAACCUCGAGCUCAGGGAAGCUUCUCGCCGUCUCUUUGCCGCCGCUCUGGCAAGGCUGCCUCAAGAGCAGGUCGAGAGCCUGUGCGCUGCCUGGCAGCCGCUCUUGCCCGUCAAUCAGCCGCCCGUCAUGGCCCCGACGGCGUCGACCGCCUUGUCUCUGCUCGGCCACGUCGCCGUGACGCACUACAAGACGCUCUCGCCGCUCCUGCUCAAGCAGAUCUCGCAGUCGAUCACCGUUCUCCUCGACGACGGGGCGCAACCGGUGCACCAGUCGAUUGCCAUCGACCUCUGCUCGGCGGGCUUCUCGAUCUGGCAGCACUACCUCGACGCCACCAACGUCGUGCGCUCGCUGUUCGCCCUCGCCACCGACAAGGAUGCAGCCUCCAGCGCCAGCGGCAGCGCCUCAUCGACCGCCACGGCCACGAGCGCAAAAGAGAUUCGCACGCUGGCGCGAGCGGCGACGCUGCAGAUCGCCAGCGAGAACACGCCCCUGUUCAUGACGACGCUCAGCAUCGACAUUCUCAACGCACGCAGCCCCGCCCACUGCAGCGCGACGAUGAAGCUGGUCGCGUUCAUGGUCCGCAAGAAACCCGAGGUGCUGUAUCCGAACCUGCCGCGCCUGGCCGAGGCGGUGGUCAAGUCGCUCGACCCGCGCAACCAGCGCGACGUCGUCCUCUCGUCGGCGACGCUCAUGAUUUCGGAGCUCGUGUCGACGUACCCGUCGAUUUCGUUCCACGAGAAGUCGCAGCGGCUCGCCGUGGGGACGCACGAGGGCGCCGUGAUCCUCUACGACCUCAAGACGGCCACGCGCCUGUUUGUGCUCGAGGGCCACCGCAUGGCCGUGUCGGGCGUCGAUUUCAGCCCAGACGGCCGACGGCUCGUGACGGUCAGCGAGCGCGAAGGGCUGGUGUGCGUGUGGAAGGUGUCGGUGGGCAUCCUGGGCUUCUUUACGCCCGGCGUCGCGCCCAAGCAGGGCGGGAGCGCCGAGGGCCGCGCCUUUCGCGAGUACCGCGUGCCGGCCGUUUCCGACGACGAUGGUGGUGGCAUGCUGCCUCGCACCCGCUUCGAGUGGACGGGCGAGCGAACGCUGAGGGCCACCAUCGGCGAGACGACCAUGAACCUCUCGGUCGACUGA